CAUUCGUUCGUGAGUCAAAGUGUGAAAAAGCAGACCAAGCAGACUGGCAUCGCGUCACAGCGUUCUCGUAUUGUAACAUUUUCUUAAAAACAAAAUAUAUAUUGGGUGCAUUGGCACAACCAAGGAUCAAAAUAGUAAAUAUUAAAUUAUGAAGUCGAGUUUAAACGAAAAAUGGAUUGUCUGCAGGGUUUGUUUAAAGCAACCCGAAGAAGUGAUGACUACUAUAUUCGAUAAGGAUGACGAAAAAGACAUGACGCAAAUGAUUUUGGAGUGUGGCGGAGUACCAAUUAAACGUUUUGAUCAUUAUCCGGACAAAAUAUGUGGCAAAUGUAUAAAAUAUUUGCGUGUGGCGUACAAGUUUCGUGUUACCUGCCAGCGGUCACAUAAACAUCUUAGUAGAUUUAUAGCACCAGCUGAAGUAGAUACCCAGGUUGAUGAGGAAGUAACGGAAUAUAUACCCAUUGAGGCGGAUGAAGUGGAGGCUUUGAAAGUUGAGCCUGAUCUUGCUGAAAUUAAGCAGGAGUUAUCAGAUCCAGAAGAAGCUGAAGUUUUAGAUAUUUAUGAACCAAUUGAUGAUGGUGCGGAGGUAUUUGAAGAAUUCGACACAAUAGAUCGCUCAGGCUCGGCUAUGUCAGACGGUGCCGAGUACCUGGAAGAUAUUAAUUAUGAAUUCCAAUAUUCGGAUGAAGAUUACGUACCAAUCAAAGAAGAGGCACCUAAGCGAGGUAGAGGAAGACCACCAAAGAAUUUGAAGAAAGGAGUGGGAGUAACAUCCAAGCAAACAGUAAAUCGAGAAUUAAUUAAGAAAGAGAAGACUUCACCUGCAAAGCGAGGACCAAAACCUAAAAAAAUCAAACCAACGUCAUAUAUCUGCGAUAUUUGUGGCAACAUUUAUCCGUCACAAGGCCGUCUUACUGAACAUAUAAAACUGCAUAAGGGUAUUAAGCCGCACGAGUGCGAGAUUUGUGGGCAUUGCUUCGCACAGACACAGCAAUUAACGCGACAUAUGAAUACUCACACCGGAAAUCGACCAUACAAAUGCAGCUAUUGUCCAGCAGCGUUUGCAGACCUCUCCACGCGCAAUAAACAUCAUCGAAUUCAUACGAAUGAAAGGCCAUAUGUUUGUGAUGUUUGUGGAAAAUCCUUCACAUACACCAACACUUUGAAAUUUCACAAGAUGAUACACACGGGAGAAAAGCCACAUGUGUGUGAUAUUUGUGGUAAAGGAUUUCAACAAGCCUACAAACUGCGUAACCACAAAAUGACACACGAACGAAAAGGCGUUGGGGUAAAAAUGGAACCGAUAGAAGUGGAAACAUUAGAAAGUUAUCAUGAAGUGGUAACCGCCACUACUCAGAUCUUAGAAAUAUAAACUAUUAAAAUUUUUUUUUUUACAUAAUAUUCCGUACUUUUAUUACGUUUAUGCAAUAAAUGUAAAGUUAUAUUUAAACUGAAUUUAAAAAAUGCCACCUUUUAUUUAGUUGCUUAAUCAAAAACGGAAUAUUAAAGUAACCAAGUUAGACCUCGGAUAUAUGUUUUAACAAUUAUGUAGUAGCCAAGUAUGAUUAUUUGAUUUUACUGUAAGCCUUUGAAUAAACAUAGAAAAAAAUACCAA